CCUCUGCUCAGAUCACACUAAAGGCGAUGGGCUCGUCUCUGCCAGUUAAUGUCACUAUUAAUGGCAAUUCAGCAGGAGCUCCAUGUGUGUUUCCAUUCCUUUACAACGGAAACUAUUACGCAGAAUGUGUUAGCCUCGAUUGGUCCGUCCUGUGGUGCAGCACGACUAACAACUAUAACAGAGAUAGAAAAUGGGGAGAAUGCCUGGAUUACGAUGUUUGCCUUUAUCAUGAGACUCUGUCUGACCCAUGGCGGAACAUUGGCUUCAACUUCACCUCUGUCUCUGGAUGGCGAGUGAAUGACAGUAGCUUGCAGGAGGGGUGGUAUGAGUUCAGUGGUAUAGGAGGAGAUCGCAUGGCCUACUACUGCCUAAGCUUCACCAUCGCUGAUAACACUGUCGUGCUCAUUGACUGCAAUGUAAACUCUGAUUUUGUCCUGAACACAUGUGAAGUCCCCACUCAGCAUGUAGACUGUGGCGGAGAGCUGGUCCUCUAUUAUCUGACUCCAAUCAAUAGGACUUACAUCACACGUCAUUCAUCCUGCGGUCCUUCUUCCUGUGGUCAGCAUGCUCGCUGUGGUCUUGCUUAUGGUAGCUGUGAGUGUGAACCUGGGAUCACCAUACCUGAUGGGUUCCUGCCCACAGGAGACUCUUAUGGAUGUUCAGAACUUAUUCUCAAUUUGAGAGAAGAAUGUAAGGAUACUUUCACAGGAGAGUGUGCUAAAGAAUUCUUGAGCAGCAUUCAGAAAAUCACAGCUGAAGGAUUGCCACAGGAGAUUGUGGAAAGGUAUUUGGAGAAGGUUCUGGAAUGCAUGAAUGUUCUGGAAAACACAGUCACUGACCAAAAUCAACUGGUAUGGUAUGGGAACGCUGUACUGAAUGCUGUUGAGAAACUAGUGUCUACACUGGUGAUGGAAACAGACACCACCAAUGUCACAAACAUCACUCUUCCAACUUUAGAUGUUAUAGUGUUUGUGGUGGGACCUAACGCCUCCUUGGGAACAACGAUUCAACUCACAAUAAGAAGCGCUUUGAUGGAUAUCGAUCUCAUCGGGAUUUCAAAGAACAACAAUGGAUCAGCUGCUGUGGCCUUCAUGAGCUACACCAACUUGUCAACGUUGCUGAGGCCCAGCUUCUUCAACUCACCUGUUAACACAGAGAAAACCAUGUUGUCCACUGUGGUGUCAGCCAUACUGCCCAAAACCACCAACACACAGCUCACUAAACCGGUCAACUUCACUCUGAAACACAUUGCUAGGUUGCAGCCUAAAAGCAUUCUUACCUGUGUGCACUGGAAGGAAACCAAGUGGGUUGAAGAUGGCUGUAAAGUCACCCACACCAACGAGAGCCACUCUACAUGCUCCUGUGUUCACCUAUCGACCUUCGCUCUCAUCAUGCUGCCUAAUCCAGGCCAGAGUGACCCUCUCUUAGAGCUACUCAACAUGAUAGCUGUGUCAGUGGGGCUGGUAUUCCUGAGCUUGGCUUUGUUGACCUUUGCCCUUUGUAAGAGGGACUCAAGAGUGACCAACACAGCUCUGAUCAACCUCUGUAUAAGUCUGCUGCUGGCUCACCUCCUCUUCCUGCUCACACAAGAAUUCUUAGGCUACAUCCGCCGUUACAAGAUGGUGUGUGCAGCAAUGGCAGGUGUUCUGCACUACCUCUUUCUCUCUGCUUUUGUGUGGAUGUUCAUUGAAGCUUUUCUGCUUUUCCUAUUUGUGAAGAACAUGACAAAGAUUAGAUCAAAGAAGGACGUGCUUAGCUGGAAAUAUCUGAUUGUGAUUGGAUAUGUCAUUCCACUGGCUGUAGUGGGCGUUUCUGUUGGUCUGUUUCCUGGUGGAUAUGGCAGUGAAAAAUGCUGGAUUCAGAAGAACUUUACCUGGAGUUUCCUGGGUCCUGUUUGUGUCAUCCUUGCCUCCAACAUUGUCCUAUUCUGUGUGAUCAUCGUCAUGCUGAAAUAUGCUCUGGCAGGCCUGAACAAUCAGGUUUCCCAAUUCAGACAGACCAGAAUCCUCGUCUUCAAAACCAUUGUCCAGUUUAUUGUCCUUGGUUGUUCCUGGAUUUUGGGUUUCUUUUCAGAAGGAAGUAAAGUAUUGGAGAUUGUCUUUCUGUUCCUCAACUCACAGCAGGGCACUUUCAUCUUCCUGGUUCACUGUGUUCUCAACCAAAAGGUGAGGCAGCAGUAUAGGAAGUACCUGAGUAUGGUUUGCUCAUGCUGCAAAUCUGUCACCAAGGCACCAGCCAAGAAGACGUCAUCACAUCCUCAUUCGAAUUAAUGACUCAUUAUUCAAAUGGCUCAGAGACCUUUGGAUAGGAAGGAGCGGUGUGUUAAACUACCAAAGAGAGUUAGCAAUGACUGACACUUGUUAUAAGAGUCUGUUUUUUUUCUUCUGUCAUGCAAAUAAAGUGCUUUAUAGCUUGUAUCUUCCUUGUCAUUUUGGAUAUUUUAGAGUUUUGUUGUAUAAAGUCUUAAAAAUAAAAAAAGGUACACUUUUUACAGCAUUUUGGCUGAUGCUUUUAUCCAGAGCGACUUACAAUUUGAUCUGUUUUCACAGGUAGACGAUGGUAGUGUUAGGAGUCUUGCCCAAGGACUUAUUGGUGUAGUGUAAGGUGUUUACGCAGGCAGGGAUUGAACCCCAGUCAACAGCGUAGAAGGCAGAGGUGUUAUCCACUACACUAACCAACCACCACUUUUAAAGUAAAAACGUUUUAGAAGUGAGUAAACAUACCACAAAAAGUCUGAUUUUUUUAUAUGCACAUGUGCCUGACAUGCUGUGCAUGCAUGCAUAACAAGACAACCCACAUGAUAUAAUAAAUAAUGUACACAACAAUGUACAUGUAUAUUAUAGACAAACUCAGGUUUGUUUAUUUUCAGUAUAUAACUAUUAUUGAUUAGUAUUAGUAUUGAUUGGGUGGAAUAUGUUUUCUAUUUUGGCUUUUCAUAAUGGAUGUACACAUAUUUGACCAGCAGAUGUCAGCAGUGCUCAAUAUUUCAAAAGAGUAAAACAUUUUCAGAAGUGAUUGGUUGAAUUAGGUCAAAGCUUCAAUGAGCCUCCUGCCUCCUAUUGGCAGUGCCUAAUGGCCUCGUGUUAAAAGUCACUUUUGGACAGGGUGUUUGGUGCACUGAUGUCAAAUAUCUGAAUGCCCAA